AUGGCGCAGAGGCAGCCAUCUCUUCCCGCAUAUCAGACAGUCGACGAUGACAGCGAAGAGAUCUAUCUUGGACCCCCUGUGUUCGUACGCCCUCCUGAAAAUGACUACAAGGUCCCGUAUGAUUUGCAACACCCAGAUACUUCCUAUCGGCCAGAGCUAGGACCAAUAGAACGAUUUUGGGUCGAUCGUUCUCAGUUUUUGCUCCAACAUGGUUUCGAGCUCCGUUCGCGGUAUCAGCUGGGAUGGGUACCUUCUUGGAAGGAAUCAGGAAAGACUUACACUUCUUGUGAGGACCACUUAUUCCGUUUUCAUGCUCAUAUCGUGGAUGGAAGGCGGAAAUCGGAUGGAGCUCCUGUUGUUAUAAAACAGGUCUAUAGGGCGAAUACAGAAAUCGACAUCUUACGUCUGUUUGCCUCGCCCGAGCUUUCUCGCGAUCGGGCGAAUCACGUCGUCCAAGUUUUGGAUAUCCUGCAAGACCCUUUUAAGCCUGGGAUGGAGUUCAUUGUCAUGCCUCUACUCAGGCGUUACGAUGAUCCCGAAUUUGGAGCCAUUGGAGAGGUCGUCGACUUCGUCACUCAAGUAUUACAGGGCCUCGCCUUUAUCCAUUCUCAUAAUGUUGCUCACAAUGACUGCACCGGGAAUAACAUUGUGAUGGAUGCUCGCCCGAUAUUCCCCAAUGGAUGGCAUCCUAUCUCUGAUCUCUACACUCCUGAUUACUCCGGUUACACUCGCUCUCUGUCUCGUAUCGACCACCCCGUUCGCUACUACUUCAUCGAUUUUGGACUGUCCCACCGCUUCCUUCCUGGACAACGGCAUGUGGUAAAGGAUUAUGGCGGUGCUGACCAGGAUGUCCCUGAGUAUGAGGUCCUGAAUCCCUACGAUCCUUUCAAGGCCGAUAUCUACACGUUGGCAAACAUUUUCAUGAAGAAGUUCCAUCAGAAAUACGUCGGCCUUGAAUUUAUGGGUGAUCUAGUCAGCUAUAUGAGAGUCGAAAAGCCAUCGAAAAGGCCAACAGCGCAGAUGGUGUUAGAAUUCUGGCUGCAGAUCCAGGAAGGGCUGGACCCUAGGCAUGCCAGGUGGAGGCUUCGAACACCCACGGAGUCUAUACCAGAGCGCGUUGUCCUGGAUGCCGUCUCUGUCGCUCGUACGGGCAUACACGAAAUUUCAAAAUAUUUUAUGUAG